UCCUGUUCCGGGGUCGGUAGUGUACGCUGUGUGUGUGUUUAUGCGCUUGUGUGUGUCCGUGUGUGUGAGUGUGUGUGAUGAUGAUGAUGGCGGAGCUGGUGCAGGGACAGGCCUCGGUGGCUCAGGCCGGGAUGAAGGCGGACGGAUUCACGGACCCGUUCCACCGCGCGCGACAGAUUGCUAAAAUGGGUGGAGAGCAGAUGCCCCACCUGAACAACUCGUCUCCAGUCGUCGAUGCCUCGCUCUAUGGCUAUGGAGGGCAGAAACGCUCCCUGGAUGAAGGAGUGGCUAACCAGCUCGGUGCAAUGGUACAUGGUACAAGGGCUAUAAUAACAGAAGACUAUAAAGUGCCUGAUAAGAUGGUUGGAUUCAUAAUCGGACGGGGUGGCGAACAGAUCACAAGAAUUCAGCUGGAAUCCAACUGUAAGAUCCAGAUUGCUGCUGACAGUGGAGGUAUGAUGGAUAGGCCUUGCACCCUGACCGGGACCCCAGAAAGUAUCGAGCAAGCGAAGAGGUUGUUGGGGCAGAUUGUGGACCGGUGUCGGAACGGGCCGGGCUUCCACACUCAGAUGGACGGGAACAGCGCUGUCCAGGAGAUCCUGAUCCCUGCCAGUAAAGUUGGCCUGGUCAUUGGGAAGGGAGGCGACACCAUCAAACAGCUUCAGGAGAGGACAGGAGUGAAGAUGAUCAUGAUUCAGGACGACCCGAUGCCCACUGGAUCAGACAAACCCUUGAGAAUCACUGGAGACCCUUAUAAAGUUCAGCAAGCGCGAGAGCUGGUUGUUGAGAUCAUCAGGGAAAAGGAUCAGGGAGAUUUCAGGAGCGGCCGCAGUGACUUCGGCUCCAGACUGGGCAGCAGUAUCGAUGUUGCAGUGCCCAGGUUUGCAGUUGGUAUCGUCAUUGGCAGAAACGGAGAGAUGAUCAAGAAGAUUCAGAACGAUGCGGGCGUCAGGAUCCAGUUUAAGCCAGAUGAUGGGAUCAGUCCCGACCGGAUCGCUCAGGUGAUGGGUCAGCCCGACAGAUGUCAACAUGCCGUUCACCUCAUCAAUGAUCUGGUCCAUACAGCACAGGAGCGUGAUGGUUUUGGAGGUCCGGUCGGACCCAGAGGUCGUGGCAGAGGACGUGGUGAUUGGAACAUGGGAACUCCUGGAGGCUUGCAGGAAGUCACCUACACAAUACCAGCUGAUAAGUGUGGCCUUGUGAUCGGCAAAGGUGGAGAGACCAUAAAGAACAUCAACCAGCAGUCCGGCGCUCAUGUGGAGCUGCAGAGAAAUCCUCCUCCAAACACCGACCCCAACGUCCGGAUCUUCUCCAUCCGCGGAUCUCCUCAGCAGAUGGAAAUGGCCAGACAGCUGAUAGACGAGAAGAUCGGGGCGUCUGGAAUGGGAGGAAACAGCAGCUUUGGACUCAGUCCUUUCACCCAAGGACCAGCGACCCCUCAUCAGAAUGGUCCGCAGACGUUCAUGACUGGAGGUUGGGGAACCACAUAUCAGACAUGGCAGCCCCAGAGCCAGCAGGACCCCAGUCACAAUGGAUCCCAGACCGGCCAGAUGGACUAUUCCAAAGCGUGGGAGCAGUAUUAUAAGAAGCUAGAUGCGGAUGAAGUUGCAGAUGCAGAUGAAUCGAGACGCUCUGAGACGCCGGCGGAUCAUGAGCUGCUCACGUGUCAACAGAACCAAGGCCAGAGCAGCGGCUCCGACUACAGCAAAGCAUGGGAGGAGUAUUACAAGAAACAGACUCAGGGAGCCGGUCCUGGUUCUCAGCAGAGUUCUCCUCCAGACUACAGCGCCGCCUGGGUGGAGUAUUACAGACAGCAGGGGGCGUAUUACAGCCAGGGACAGACACAGGCUCCCGGCCUCCCGGAUCAUUAAAGCGGACGACCACGGACCCUUUAGUUGAAGAUUUUUGAAUCACUGCGAGGAGGAAACAGACCUUUUGUAACAGAGGUUUCUAGAUUUGCAACGCCUUGAAGACUUUUACUUUUUUUCUUAGUGAGAAACACUAGCUGUAGAAUGACUUAUAUGAUUUAAAAAGAGAACUAUUUCUAAAUCAGGACAUCAAAAUUGUUACUAAAUCCUUGUGUACACACCAUUUAUUCGAAUGGGCAAUUUCCGGGAUCCUUUUUGGACCGUUUCAGAGUUGGUUUGUUUUCUAUUCUUCCUUUUUAAUUCAACGAUAUAUAUAUAUUCAGAUGUAUAUCGCCAAAAUGAACCCCGGAGUUGCGGCAUUUCAUCGAUCGCGCAAUAUAAUCUCUUAUUUUUCUAGUUCUGUUGCAAUAAAAUGAUCGUGGGCUUAGCAGUCUUGAAUACGUUAUCGUUUAGUUUUGUCAUGCAAUGUUUUAAGAAUGUGUACAAAAUGUUUUCUUUCUUUUUUCUUAUACAUAAAGCAUUUUAAUUCAGUGCGAUAAAUAAAAAACUGUGAUGUUUUUGUUACAGAAAUAUAUGCUUUUGUUACACGAAAAACGGCGAAUGGCAGUCGGUUCCUGAUGAUGUAAUUCCUCAUGUACUUUGUAUUCUGUUUUCAUUGUCAUUUUAUUGUACUCUGGUUGAAAAAGGUGCAAUAUCUUAUUUCAGUUUUUUUUUUUUCCUUUUUUUUGAAACAAAGAUGGAUUUCUCUAAUAUUUUGACAGACGUUUAACUUGUAGAUCUUAGAGGUUUUUUUUAGACGUAUGCAAAUGUAACAGAUAAUUUUUUAUUACAGUGAUUUGACGGGGAAAGGGUGGUUGUUUUUUGCCUUUGCUCUCUUGUAAAACUAUGUAUGUAUGCUCAGAUACUUGACUAAAUACUUUAUUUAAAAAUAUAUAUAAUUAAAUCAAAGACUUUUUUGUCCUGUGUUUUGCAGGAAAACUGUCCCUGUUUUUCUGUUCUGUUUUCAUACUGAAAUUUGUCAAAGAUUGUGAAUGUGUAAUUUGAAAUUUGAUGUUGCAUCUUGCUGACAGAUGAGACGUUUUAUGUGUGUUCUGUAAACUUUAAAGCGUUUAAAGCGUUCAAGACUGCUAAGCCUCUCAGAGCCUACCUGUGUAUUAAUUAAUUGUAGUUUUUUAUAUUCGAAGUAUUGGAAGAUCAAAGUUCUUGUCUUAUUUGGUACCGGCGGUCUCUCUGAAGCCCCUCAUCCAUCCCAGUACACACUGUGGACUCCUGUACAGUCCCGAUCCAGUAACUUUUUAAUUCUGUUUUUCCUUUCUACUCUGUGUGAUCUAAUAUAUGUAUGAUUGACUAGUUACAAAUUGAUCUAGUAUUAACUUCAUUGCUUAAUGAAAAGGGAUAUUAUAAUUUCAAAAAUGUUUAAUUUUAGUGUUUCUUUUCUUCCUCAUGUGUACAGGUAACCAUGUAUUAAAAUGAUUGAAAGACGA